AGCAGGCGGAGGCAGGCGCUGGGCUGUGGCUCAGCAGGCCUAGCCUGGCUUUGGGCCUCCGGCCUCUCAGCCGGGGACUCUGCGCCUGCGCCCGCCCGGCAGCUGCCUGCUCUCCCAAGUGCGCCGCGGUCCCGGCUGCCGCGCGCCGCCUGGGUGUCUGGGCGAUCCAUGGGCUGCAGCGAGGGCCGCGAUGACAGAUUACGGCGAGGAGCAGCGCAACGAGCUGGAGGCUCUGGAGUCCAUCUACCCUGACUCCUUCACAGGCAGAUGUCUCUCAGCUAUCCCUGUAUAGCUCCAGUCCUGUUCAUGUUCUCUGUCAACAGCAGUACAGCUGUGCUGUGAGGAUGUUAAGGGGAUGAGUGAAGAGGGGUUUGAGAGUGUCAUUAACUGGCUUGACUGCACAUUGAUCCAAUCCUCCUAACAACUAGUCUCCCAAAAUGUAAAUGGACUUUCCUGAUACCACAUUCUCCUUCAGUGCUUCACUUGACAAGGUCCUGCUAAGUAUUAUCAGAAAAUCCACCCAGCUUCACCAUUACUGUGACAUCUGAGGCUGGAGAAAAUGAUGAAACUGUCCAGACUACCCUCAAGUUUACAUACAGUGAAAAAUACCCAGAUGAAGCUCCCCUUUAUGAAAUAUUCUCUCAGUUAAAUCUAGAUGAUAAUGAUGUCUCAGACAUUUUAAAAUUAUUAGCAUUACAGACAGAAGAAAACCUUGGUAUGGUGAUGAUCUUUACUUUAGUGACAGCCGUGCAAGAAAAAUUAAAUGAAAUAGUAGAUCAAAUAAAAACUAGACAAGAAGAAGAAAAAAAACAAAAAGAAAAAGAAGCAGAAGAAGCUGAAAAGCAAUUAUUCCAUGGCACUCCUGUUACAAUCGAGAAUUUCUUAAGUUGGAAGGCCAAGUUUGAUGCAGAACUCUUGGAAAUUAAAAAGAAACGAAUGAAAGAAGAAGAACAAGCAGGAAAAAAUAAAUUAAGUGGGAGACAGCUAUUUGAAACAGAUCAUAAUCUCGACACAUCUGAUAUUCAGUUCUUGGAAGAUGCUGGAAACAACGUGGAGGUAGAUGAGUCUUUGUUCCAGGAAAUGGAUGACUUGGAGCUGGAGGAUGAUGAGGAUGACCCAGACUACAACCCUGCUGACCGGGAGAGUGACUUGACCGACUAAUGGACUAGCCCGUCUCCAGAGAGGCUUGACUGCCAUAGCAUCUGUGGCUGUGCUAAGAGGGUGUUGAUUUUCCUUUCUUUUUUCUAAGAAAAAAUAAUUUUCAGGAGAAUAUUCUUCUGAUGGCUUUCAUCAUUGAACUUAAUAAACUGAUCUUAAAAUUUCAGAUAUAAAAGUUCAAUUCCUCUUAUUGGUGGGAAGAAGGCCACAUGUUUAAAAUCAUUUAGUGUUGGAGAGAAAUUCUGCCUAAAACACCAAGACUGGAAGGUCAGCUGUUGCUGUACCCAGGUGUGGGUUUACAUGCAAGGAAUUGGAAUAACUUGGAAUUUCUGUGCUAGAGACUGGUGGCGUUUGAAUUCUAAGGUUUGUCAUUCAUAUAAAAUAUUAGAAGACUGAGGUGAACAGAGCAUUAAACCUUCUGAAUUCUAGCCUUCGGGCAUAAUAAAUUUAAGUCUUAACAAAACCAGAAGCCCAUAUAAUAGUCAGGAAUAAAAUGGACUUUAGUCAUAUAGUAGUAUCUGCAUCAGAAUCAUCUUUGGAGUUAUUAAAAAGUGUGCACUCCUGGUCCCUUCUCAGUGGAGGUUAAUAAACACUGAGCCUCAUUCUGAGUUUUAAAACAGUGAAAUCUCAUACCUGUGACACAGGUGAUUGUGAUGCACACUUCUGAUGAAGAACUACUGUCCUACAGUUGUCAAGUCUAUAAAUUGUGAUUUUCCCCACUUUUCUAAUUAACCAGUCUGAAGUGGUUUGAAUUCUUGGGAUUGUACACUGUCUGCAAGAGUACCACACAUCCACAUUCAUGCACACAUUAGACCUUUGUGAUAAUUUGGAAUGAUCGACUUGGGGGCUCCAGGUAGGAGAGCCAGGCUGCGUGCCAAGUUAUCCAGUCAUUGCAGUUCUGGAGGAUUGAAUCUUAACUGCAAUAGGAAAUCACUUGUGCUAUUGCAAAUGGCUUCCUCAAUUCAGAAAUGCUAUAUACCGACAAACACAGCAAUAUCAAUCCAUGUUUAUUUUUGAAGUCAGACCUUAUGAUUAAAAUAAAGUUAAGACAGAACUGUCAUUGUGGAAUUUAAUGCUUUUCACCCACCUUGAUCCUGACCAAUAAAGAGGAAUAGCAGUAAUGUUCAGUAUUUCUAUGCAGAGAGAAGUCCAAAAGUUUGUUACGUGAGAUUUUGCUUUUCCUAAGGAGAGAUCCUUUCUGCAGCUGAUCAGCAGUUGCAUAAGAACCUGAAGGAGUGGUUCAGUUAAGAAAAGCAGUCGUGAGCAGUGUAGUAUGAGGUCAAUGAAGACUUGACCUUGAAGUAUCAAGAAUGAUUACACUUGCCCCUCACAUAAUUUUUUAAAGUCUAAGUUUUACACAUUUUCUACAGAUAUUGAAUAACCACCUUUGUCAUUUCAGAAUGUAGGCAGACCCUAAUGAAAUGGAAAUAAAGACAACCUGGUUAGUUCUAAUGAUAAUCCCAAAUAUUUUCACCCGGAGUAAAAAUUAACUUUACUGUUGGCUUUGUAUUCUGGGAAUUAACCAAAGACUCUGCUUCUCAAACUGGAGCACACUUAAUUCCUGGAUGUGUAACAGCAUGACUGGUAGUAUUUGAAGCAAUAAUUGGCCCGUCCUGAAUUAUCAGUUUUGCUCUUGGAUUUGGGAAAAUUUUUGUUUUGGUUUUUCUACUUGUGUUAACUUGUAUACAGUAUUAUUAAGUUAAAAACAUACACAGAUAUUUGUAUUCAUUGCUGUAUCCCUGGAACAAUGGCGCUGAGUAGGCACCUAAUUGUAGGAAUAGUAUGCAAGAUGCUUAUGCAUUUUAAAGAUAAAAUAUAAGAGUUCAAAGAAAUGUUCUAUUUGCCGUCUGCAACUUUGAGUAAUGCUUCUAGAUUCUGCUUUACAUCACAUUCUCCUGGCAGCAAGCAUGCCUUAGGGAAAAAAAAGUGGAUAAAUACUAACCUAAGGUAACACAUCUAAAAGGUUACAGGAACAUUUCCUAGUUGAGGUAAAACCAAGAGAGAUAUCAGUAACAUCUCUUAUCAGUGAAAAGGAUGAGAUCAUUGAUUGUACUGUCCCAAACUCCCAAGGUAUAUGUGCCAAGAAGUAAAGAGAUGCAUUCUUGGAUUCCAGAAGAAAGGAAGUUGUGGGUUUUCAAUAUUUAUGUGCUAGCUGGCUGUUAGGUGUUAUGAAGGUGCAAACAGAUAGUAAGUAAAAGACUGCAAGUAGCUUCUAGUGUUUGUCUUUCAGAGAACAUACAUGACAGGCAGCAGUCGUAGGGAUUGUAUGAUUAUGGGUCAAAAUGAGUCACACAGUUCAAGAACUGUAGGGAGUAAUUUUAGAGAGACCAUUGAGGUCUAAAGUGACAGGGAAAGUUUUCCACAAAUGACACAUGGAGUGUGAAUUUAUGUAGAUAGGUAAAUGUGAAUGACACUAGUUUGUUUGCUGCCUUAGGACCUGUGUCUGAGUAACAGAGAUGACAGAAUGUUGCCAAAAGUUGUACUGUGAAGUUUAUAGGUUUCUUUUUCAUGUCACCUUUCUUGGGCAAACUCAUCAAAGGACUUGAAAGAAGGGGGGUGAGUUGGAUUCCAAAUGUACUAAAUCCCCUCCAUUAAUAAAAGAUGGGAAAUGCUGGGGAAGUUUCAAGAAUAUUGUAAAGGGUUAUCAAAUCAAAAAUUUCACAGUGCUGUGCAAAGCCAUAACGGCACCUGAGCUAAAAGGAGAAACCAAUAAUUAUUUAAAAUUUGGAUAAUUCAUUUAUCAUGGAUUUUUACAUUGAUUUUUAUUUUUUAAAUGCAGCAUUAAAAUAUUAUUUAUCUUUGUUGAA